CACGUGUCGAUUCUAUCGACGUGCUUUUCAUCGUUUUCUUGUCACUGCAGUCCAAACUUUUGAAGUGUGGAAAACCUUGUGUAUCAACAUCCCAUUUAUUUACCUGGAUUUCCCAUUCCCACUUUUUUCGAGGUUAUACGGCAAUAAGACAUGUCUGGGAAUAAUAUCAAGGUCGUGUGCCGUUUCCGACCUCAAAACAAACUUGAAAUUAGAGAGGGUGGUGUUCCUAUUAUUGACAUUCCUGACGAUGGAACAUCAGUAACCUUGCAGGGAAAAGAAGCGCAGGGAACGUAUUCCUUCGAUAAAGUGUUUGGUUCGAACACCAGGCAACAAGAAAUAUUUGAGUAUUCGAUCAAAUCUAUUGUGGAUGAUGUCGUCGCAGGUUACAAUGGUACUAUUUUCGCGUAUGGUCAAACGGGUUCCGGUAAAACUUUUACUAUGAUGGGUUCCGACAUUGACGAUGCCGAAAAUAAGGGUAUCAUCCCCCGUAUUGUCGAACAGAUUUUCGCUAGCAUCAUUCAAGCGCCCGCCAAUAUGGAAUUCACCGUAAAAGUCUCUUAUAUGGAAAUCUACAUGGAAAAGGUGCGCGAUCUACUAGAGCCGUCCCAUGACAACCUUCCUAUCCACGAGGAUAAAACAAAGGGUGUCUAUGUUAAAGGUCUUUUGGAAGUUUACGUAUCGUCCACCGAAGAAGUCUAUAAAGUCAUGAAGAACGGCGGCAAUAACCGUGUCGUCGCAUAUACCAAUAUGAACGCUGAAAGUUCCCGCAGUCACUCUAUUGUCUUGAUUACCAUCACGCAGAAAAAUUUGGACACAGGAGCAGCCAAAAGCGGAAAACUGUAUCUUGUCGAUCUUGCUGGUUCUGAAAAGGUUGGCAAAACUGGAGCUUCCGGACAAACCUUGGAAGAAGCCAAGAAAAUUAACAAGUCACUGACAGCGUUGGGCAUGGUCAUUAAUGCACUCACAGAUGGAAAGUCGAGCCACGUUCCUUAUCGAGACUCAAAAUUGACGCGUAUUCUCCAAGAAUCCCUGGGUGGUAACUCCCGCACAACAUUAAUCAUUAAUUGUUCUCCAUCUUCUUAUAACGAAGCUGAAACCAUUUCCACCUUGCGUUUCGGUGUACGAGCGAAAUCCAUCAAGAACAAGGCCAAGGUGAACGCCGAUCUGUCACCUGCCGAGCUCAAGGCAUUAUUGAAGAAGGUGAAAAGCGAUGCUGUAUCCUAUCAGCAAUACAUUGCAGCUCUGGAGGGCGAAAUCGUCGUAUGGCGAUCCGGUGGUACCGUGCCUGAGAUUCGCUGGGUGUCCAUGGAAAAAUUAAGCAAAGGCGAGAUUUCUUCCCCUACCUCUCCCUCCACACCCGCACCAGCCUUCAAAGCCAUUGCCGAUGAUUCUAGACCGUCGACUCCAGCGGUUGUAUUGGAAAAAGAUGAACGUGAAGAAUUCUUGAAGCGAGAGAAUGAACUGGUUGAUCAGAUAGCUGAAAAGGAAACGGAACUAUCCAAUCGAGAAAUGCAAUUGGAGUCAUUGCAAGAAGAACUCGCACUUCUCAAAGAACAAGAUAAAACCACCACAGGAGAGAAUCAGCAAAUGAGUUCGGAACUCAACGAAAUGAAGCUUCAGUUACAGAAAGCUUCGUAUGAAAGUAAAGAAAGUGCCAUCACCGCGGAUUCUUUGAAGGAAGUGAACAAAGAACUGCAAGCGGAACUCGAGCAGUUGAAACAGACACUCGCACAACUACGUGCUUCGCAGAAGGAUCAUGAAGAAGAAGAAAAAGAGAAGAAGAAAGCCGAUAAAAUCGCACUUAUGAUGGCAUCUCUCCAUCCAUCGGAUGCCAUUACCGAGAAAGAACAGCAAAUCAGAAAUGUCCUUCAGAAACUGAAUAAUGAAAUGAGCGGGGAUGCUGCCAUGUUGACGGAAGAAUACUUCAACAAACUGCGACAGGAAUUGGCAGAGUCAAAAGCGCUGCUGGAGGAACACGAAGGAGUUAUCCGCAACUUGAACCAUGACAAGGAAACCCUUCUCGCCAAACGGACAGAGCUUGAGACAAGACUCGGUGCAUUGGAAGUGGAUUAUGAAGAACUUUUGGACAAGACCAUUGCCGACGAAGAAAUGGCAGCGAAACGAAAUUCGGACAUCAGUGAAACCAUUUCCGAACUCAAGGGUAAACUGGAGAGUCAAUAUGCGGCGAAGAAAGAGCUGCAGCAAAAGGAAAUCGAAGAGUUGAAGAAAGAAGUCGAGAGAAAAGACGAAGAAUAUAACAAAUUGAAUUCAGCCAUGACAGAACUGAAAAUUACCAAUGAAAAAUUACAGGCGGCCAUUGCCUCGCGGCCUCAAACCCAAGCCAGUCCCGAAGAAAACGAAAAGGAAUUGGAACAAAUUCGCAAGAUGAUGACCGAACAGCUGUUAUACUUUGAUGUUAUGAAGAAAGGUCUGAUGCGUGACUUACAAGCUCGAUGCGAAAAGAUCGUGGAAUUGGAAAUUACCUUGGAAGAAACACGCGAGCAAUACAAUGACAUAUUAAGAGCCAGCAAUAAUAAGGCGCAGCAAAAGAAGAUGGCCAUUCUUGAGCGCAAUCUAGAACAGCUAACCACCGUUCAGAAGCAGCUCGUCGAGCAAAAUUCCAAGCUAAAGAAGGAUGUGAUUCACGCCGAACGCGUGAUAGCCACCCGCAACAACCAAAUUCAAGAUCUGGAGGGUUUGCUACAUGACGCUGAAGAUAACUUUAAAUUGCAGCAUGAAAAACUCAACGCACAAGUUGAGGCUGUGCGUGAAAAAUUAGAUCAAAUGAAAUCGCAAAAGUCUCAGAAUGCCAUGGCCAUCAAUUUCGGAAAAAUUGCCAAGCCUUUGAGAGGUGGCGGAGCGGUUGGCGAAAGUGAUACCGCGACGUCACCCGUACCUGAGAAAAGAGAUAAGCGAUCGUCAUGGUUGCCAUCUUUCCGAUAAAUGACCCUGACGGUUACUUCAAGAGAACACUCUUCUCGGGAUAUUAUCCAACGUCCCUGUCCGCUUCUUGUCUUAUUUUUUAUUUUAUUUUUUCUAUACGUAUCCUAUAUUCCAUUUUCGAGUUAUCCAACUCUGAUACUCAAAUUUUGUGAUUUUUGUCGAGAUGAUACCAUUACAAUAUUCAGAACUGCUACGUUUGCAGUAUUUAUUGUAUUUUCUGUCUUUAUAUUUUGUUCAAAGAGGAAAGAAAAAAAAGGACUUUUUGUUGUAAAAGUGA